CCCCCCCGCUGCUAACGUCUGGCCGGAGGGGGAGGAGCCAGGUAGCAGCUACACUGACACGUAAAGAACCCCUGCGCGAGCUUCAAGGGAGGAAGUUACACGUUUCCCUCAAGUUGAAAAGCCGCACGCUCGCUCCGCACUCGGGCUGGAUGUAGUUGGCCUGCUUCCCGGUACCAGAGGCCCGUUUGGACCCGUUUCGAAGCGACGCGGGCGCCGUCGCGCGUUCGGACCCGAAAAGCACAAGAUGCGCUUCUCCGCGUUCAAUUCCGUCCUGCGCUCGGUCGGCCCGGUGGUGAUCGGCAUCUCGCUGGGCUUCACGCUGAGCCUGCUGAGCGUCAACUGGACGGAAGACGCGUGUUACCUGGACGGCGGGGAGGGCGAUGACGUGACUGUGGGUCACGAUGGGCAGCUGCGAGGAGCCCGAAAGCCCAACUCCAUUUCCACCCUCAACGACGCGGAGUCCGAGGAGGAUUUCGAGCCCAGAAUAGUCCCGUACAAACAAGUCCAGCAGAGUCCCCCAAAGAAGGUGUUCAGGGCUAAAUACAUAAGCACAGAGUUGGGGAUGCGGGAGCGUCUCUUCGUCGGGAUCCUGACGUCCAAAAACACCAUCAACACCCUGGGCGUAGCUGUCAAUCGCACCAUCGGCCAUCACCUGGACACGGUGGUCUUCUUCACUGGCACGCGCAACCGCAAAGUCCCCCACGGCAUGUUUGUCGUCUCCCACGGAGACGAGCGGCCCAUCUGGAACAUGUUCCAGAACGUCAAAUACGUUUUGGACCGCCACGUCCACGAGUACGACUGGUUCUACUUCGCCCAAGAUGACGCCUACACGGAGGCCGACCGGAUCAAGGCCCUCGUGGAUCACCUGAGCAUGGAUCGGGAGAUUUACAUGGGCCUGCCCGAGGAGUUCAUAGGCGGAGGGAUGCGAGGGAAGUACUGCUACGGGGGCUUCGGCUACGUCCUGUCCCGCACGCUGCUCCUCCGGCUCCAACCGCACCUGGAGAACUGCCGGAACGACAUCCUGAGCGCCCGGCCCGACGAGUGGCUGGGAAGGUGCAUCAUCGACUACACCAGCACCAACUGCGUCAGUGAAUAUCAGGGACUUCAGUACCACCAUUAUGAGUUGGGAAAAAACUCCGACCCGAGUAGAGAACAAAGCGAGCCGUUCAAGAAGGCUCUGACUGUCCAUCCAGUGUCUGACCCCGAACAGAUGUACAGGCUGCACCGGUACUUCACUGAGGUUGAACUCCAGAAGACGUACGAUGAGAUUGCUAAGCUGCAGGCGGAGAUAAAAAACGUGAGCGCGGUGGCUUUCGAGGGCAACCGAAGCGCCCAAUGGCCCGUUGGGAUCAAUCCGCCCUUCGAACCGAAAUCUCGGUUUGAGGUCCUGAAGUGGGAAUACUUCACAGAGGAGGAGAUCUAUUCGUGCGUCGACGGCUCCCCAAAGUGUGACCUGCGGGGCGUCGACCGCGUGGACGUGGCCGACGUCAUCGAGGUCGCCGUGACGGAGCUGAACAAGAAGUACAAGCCCGUCCUUCACCUGAAGAAGCAGCAGCUGAUCAACGGCUACAGGCGCUUCGACCCCGUCCGGGGCAUGGAGUACACGUUGGAUCUACAGCUGGAGGUCGUGAACCAAAACGGUCACAGCCGCUCCGUCGCCAAGCGGGUUCAUCUGCUGCGACCGUUGAGUCGGAUCGAGAUCAUCCCGAUGCCCUACGUCACCGAAGCGACGAGGAUCCACGUCAUCAUCCCGCUCACUCUGCAGGACCGCGGCCACGUCGACCGUUUCCUCGAGGUCUUCGCCUCGAACGCCUUUGAGACCGGCGAAAAUGCCAUCUUAACCUUCUUGUUCAUCUACGACCCAGUGGAGGCGCAGCAGGUGAGCCAGAACGACAUAUUUGCCGGAGUGAAGGCCCAGAUAAGCACGUAUGAACACAAGUACCCGACGGUGAAAGUCCCGUGGAUAAGUGUCAAGACGGAAACGCCGUCCCAGAUCAAGUUCAUGGACAUCAUCUCCAAGAAGCACCCGGUGGACUCGCUGUUCUUCUUGGCCCACGUCAACACAAACGUCAACUCGGAGUUCCUCAACCGCUGCCGCAUGAAUUCCAUAAACAACUGGCAGGUGUUCUUUCCCGUCCACUUCCAGGACUUCAACCCCGACGUGGCCUACCACAACCAGCAGCACCCGGCCGCGGUCGAUCUGGUCAAGGAGGCGGGCCACUUUGACCGCGGCUCGUUCGAAGAGGCGUGCUUCUACAACACGGACUACAUGGCCGCGCGCUCGCGGAUGGCGGCGGACGUCCAGGAGAACGAGGACCUCCUGGAGACCCUGGACAUCUUCGACAUGUUCUUGAAGUACUCGGGCCUGCACGUGUUCAGGGCGGUGGAGCCGGCGCUGCACCAGCAGUACAGCUACCGGGCCUGCAACCCGCGGCUGAGUGAAGACAUCUACCACCGGUGUGUCCAGAGCAACAUGGAGGGUCUGGGUUCUCGCUCGCAGCUCGCCAUGCUGCUGUUUGAGCAGGAGCAGGGGAACAGCACCUGACAAAACGGCCGCGAUCGAAAAAAAGAAGUUUAAAAGCUGUGUUUUUUUUGUUUCUUUUGGGGGGGGUACUAGGAUUUGGGAGCACCCAUGUCUGGGGGUUGAAGUCUCACUCGUGACACCUGUGCACCUGUCGGUGGGAAUCGAGGCUCGUUUGAAUUGUUGAGUGUUUUCUCAGCCGGCUUGGAAAAAUAAUGCAGUAACUUUCCCAAUGAAAGUGUUCCCUUAAUGUUUACAAUACUUGUUUGUACGGAUGAGUUGCGUGAACGUAAUGUUUACGCUACUCUUGGUUACUACUUUAGGUCGAUUCUGACGGCUUAGUCCCGGUUACCCAGUUAGGUUUACUGUGUCUGCCACACAGAUUCAGAUUUGAUAUAUUUGCUAGUAACAAAAGCGCAUCUUUGUGCCUUGAUACUGACCUUUCAUACCUGACCUUUUACAUCCGAUCUUUAUGUGACACAGUUCGGCAGCUCACCCCCUUCAGCUGAAGUUUUUCAUCAGAACUUGAAUCAUUUUUCUGAAGAGGUGUGGAGCUUUUCACUGCGGGUGAGGUUACAUAGCUGAGAGACGGUCGCUGGUCUGCAGAGGUCGUAGAUGAAGACCAGAGCGUUACAGGAGUCUGUACGUGACUUCAGGUUUUCUCUACCAACUCUCUUGAUGUUCCAGAAACAUUUCCAGGCAGGAAGCAAAGGAGGACUCUGAAUAAUAAUGGGGGGGGAAUAAAUGUCUGAAGUGAUUGCCCAGGUGAGUCCUCGUGAAAUAAGAUGUAUUUAGUUUUAGAAACAAUUUGAAAUUAAGAAUGUAUGAACCAUCAAGUAUAGCAGGGAGUUUAAUCACCUUCUGUCGGUGUGAAAACACUCCAAAGUACCUUGGAGCGCCUUGCUGUAGGUUCUGUAAGUUAGUGACUGAUGAGCUUAGUUUCGGGAGCAGUUGCCCGCUCGCAGUGCAGUCCAACGGGAGGCCUUUUCUACGUUACCGAGUGGUGCUGGUAGCUUUACUGGACACAAUAAUGUUUUUUUAUAAUGUGCAAUAUUACAGAUAAAACAACUGGCUGGAUGACGGAUUGAGCGCAGGACUUUUCACUUCAAAUAACCUUUGCUGUGGUGCGGUUAGUUCGCCGCACUGCUGUUCAUUGACUGACCGUCCUUAAAGUAAAGCGAAUACACUGUAGUUUCUUCUUGACGAGACCUUUAUUGUAUUCUACUGACACUAGACACUUUUCAUCAUUAAAUUGUCUUUGAAAGACAUCAAA